CAAAGCUAUUUAUGACCUUCACCCGAAAAUCACAGCCGAGCGGUUGGGGAGAUGCCGAUUUAAGGUGCUGGCAUUACUCAGCGCUAAAACUAUGGUUGCUCUCUUUGCUGAAAUUUCCUCCCAUUUUUCCCUUUACAGAGUUGAUGUCAUGAUGAAUGUCAUUUUCUUCCUCGUCCUUACUCUUUUAGGCACAGUUUCAUGCAGCCCUCCUCUUAAGUAUGACUCCAUUUUCAGCUUCGGGGAUUCGCUUGCGGAUACGGGAAAUUUUCUUCGCUCUGGAGCGCUCAAAUUUCCGGUCAUCGGGAAGCUCCCAUAUGGUGAAACAUUCUUUCACCAUGGCACCGGUCGGUGCUCGGACGGCCGGCUCAUAGUCGACUUUAUAGCUGCGGCGUAUGGGUUGCCUUAUCUCCGCCCGUAUUUAGCACUGGCCAAGGGCGAAAAAGUCGAGCACGGAGUGAACUUUGCAGUAGCCGGCGCCACUGCCCUCGAUGCAAAAUUCUUCUACGACCGAAAGAUUGGACAAAUCCUUUGGACAAACGAUUCAUUAAGUGUUCAGCUUGGCUGGUUCAACAACCUCAAAUCCACCCUCUGCUCCACCAAACAAGAUUGUGCAAAGUAUUUUAAGAGAUCUCUGUUUCUGGUGGGGGAGAUUGGCGGUAAUGACUACAACUACCCUUUCUUCGUCGGCGGAAGCGUUACGCAACUUAAAGCAAUGGUACCAGCGGUAGUUGAAACUAUUGCUGCGGCCACCAGCAUGCUGAUAGAGGAAGGAGCAGUGGAAUUGGUGGUGGCGGGCAACCUGCCAAUUGGUUGCAACGCGGUGUAUCUAACCCUAUUCCAGACAAGCGACAGAACAGCUUACGAUAAAAAUGGAUGCCUGAAAGCACACAACGCUUUCUCCAAGUACCAUAAUGCUCAGCUAAAACUUGCAUUGCAAAAUUUGCAACAGAAAUACCCUCAUGCGAGAAUCAGUUAUGCUGACUAUUACGGUGCAUCUAAGAGAUUCUUCCACGUCCCCAAACAUUUUGGAUUUAAGGAUGGAAGUUUGGUGGCUUGCUGUGGAGGAGGUGGACCCUACAAUUUCAACAAUUCGGCAAGAUGUGGUCACACUGGAUCAAAGGCGUGUUUGGAUCCUAAAGCUCAUGUGAAUUGGGAUGGCAUCCAUUUAACUGAGGCUGCAUAUCGCUACAUUAGCAUGGGCUUGGUUAAUGGAUCCUUUAUGUAUCCACCCCUCUCAUUCCCCCCCCUCAACUAUAACGUUUUUUGAGUUUCUCGCAUUCUCGUCCUUUUAUUAAUGUAAUAGCCCCCAAACAAGUGAUUUGCAGCACCUCUGUGAGAAAUAUUUCUCUACAACAAUGAUUUUAGUCCACAUGUGCAUUUGACUUCAACAAUUUUUG